UAGGCUUGGGGGAAAGGGAGUGAGGUUGUGUGCAGAGGAAGAUAUAGUUCUUGCCUUGCAGGGUCCCUGACCUGAUGGCGACCCGUGGUGGAGUCUUCAUAGUGACAGACACCACUGUAAAAGCAGACCCAGGCUGUGCAACCCCCAAAGCAGGUCUCCUCACUCACCGGGGUAGAUAGACAAUUAGCCCCAAUUCCUCAGCCCUACCUGCACCCACCGUUUGCCAUGGUUUCGUUGUGGGUGGGGGGUACUUUCCCGCCCCCUGACUUCGGGCUUGCCCACGUGACUUGCACUAGCCAUGGAAUGAAGCAGAAACGAAAGCCUGCCAGUUCCAAGCCCACGUCUGAAGACGCCUUAGGCGGUUUCGCGGGCCCCGUGCGCUUCCACCUUCACCCAGAAGCCCUUCUCUGGUGCAGCCGCUGCUUCUUCAGCCUCGGCCCAGAAGGAACGGAGCCCCCUGGCCGAUCCGCCGGCCUUCAGGGAGCCGCAGAGCGCAGCGGCCGGCCCAGCGUUGAAGCCCAAGCACAGGCCUGCUAGAACCUUGUUCCAGCCGCCGUUUGCGAUGGUUGAUUAGGACGCGUUGCUGUGGCGGUAGCUCACCAACCCAAUGCGUGCACCCGCUCCUCUAUUAGGUAUAGGGCCAGUAGCUCCCACAGAGACCUGAUACAACAGUGCGUUAAAUAAGGAGCUUAUUGAGCUCUCAUGUCUUAAGUCGGUGGGGCUCGUGUGGGGGCUCCGGCGGGGGCUGUAGCCCCCAUCCGCGUGGAACCUCCCCACGGUUCGCAAGUCUGGGUCUUCGGAGCCUUCAGCCCCGCGAGCCCGAACAGUCCACAGGGCGGCGCCAGACCCUCUUUCGAAAGCCACUCUCUAAAGCCUCAGCUCCAACCGCUUCCACUUCUGCUUCAGGCUCAGGAUUUUCACUCUUCUGGAAUGGGGGUGGCCCUCCCCCAGUCUUCGGAGUCGCAACAGCAUCUCCCUCCCUCCAGGACCUCAGAGCCAGAGCUGGGCGAGAGGCCCUGACCUCCGGGAUAGGGGUGUCAGUGUCCCUGUGAAGGUGCGGUCCCGCCUCCCAUCCCCAGGCUCCCGGCCUCUCCCACCCUCAGCGCCCUGUUCACCUCCAGCUGAAGACGCCAGGGCACCUCUGCUUCCUCCCUGCCCUCUCUGCAGUACCGCACGCAGAGUGAACACAAAAGGGUUUAAUAUAGGAUUUGCCGGGCGCAGGGACUCCUGCCUGUAAUCUCAGUAUUGGGAGACCAAGGUGGGAGGAUCACUUGAGGCUAGGAGUUCAAAACCAGCCUGGGCAACAAAGUGAGGCCCGUCUCUAAAAAUAAUAAUAAUAAAAUAAAAGAAGUCCCUUUU